AUGGAUACAAUACGACGAUGUCAAAUGAAGUUAUUAGACGAUAGGAAACUUGAUCUGUCUGUUACUAACAAACAAACAGUAACCGAUUUAAUAAAUGAAAUCAGUCGACAAUAUCAUUUAAAUGAAACAGAAUAUUUUGGUAUUUAUUAUGAAGAAAAUGAUGAACGUAUGUGGCUUCCAUCUGAUAAAAAAAUGCUCGAUCAAGAAAUAUUUAAACGUGAUUCAUCACCUCCAGUCCUUUAUUUUGCAGUCAGAUUCGUAUUUAAAUCAUUUCUAUGGCUACAAAAUGCAACUACAGUUAUGCUUUUCUUUUUGUCGACACGUUAUUCUAUUUAUCGAGGAAUGAUCGAUACCAAUGAUAAUACAUUAUUCCAAUUAGCUGGUCUUGUUGUCCAAGCAGUUGCUGGCGAUUAUACAAACGAUGAGGCAGCAAUCAAUAUCAUCAAACGCGUGUGUGUUCUACCAAAACGUGUUGUUGAUCGAAAUAUUUCCAGAAGAUAUUGUGAAGAUCAAAUAAUUAAUCAAUAUAAAGGAUGUCGUGACUUUGCACGAGGUUUAUGCGUUGUUAAAUAUUUGAUGCUAGCCGAAAAUCUACCAUCAUAUGGUUCACAUUAUUUCCUUGUUCGAAAUAAAAAUAAUGUCUACGCUUAUUUGGGAAUAUCAUUUGUUGGCAUUUCUGUAUAUAAUUAUCAUGAUCGUGAAACACCAAUUAAAAUUUAUUAUUGGAGACAAUUAGAAAAUUUAUAUUAUCGUGAUAGGAAAUUCUCUUUAGAAGUUCAUGAUUUAGAAACAACACAUUUUUUGUCAUCUUCAUCAAUUCCAACAAAUACUUCUACUCCAGAAACCGAUGAUAAACUUAUUGAUGCUAUUCAUGAUCCAACCACACAAAUGUCUGCCGGCCGUCGAGUUCCUCCAACACCAAAUAUUAAAGUUCGCGCAUGGUUUACAAAUUCACCACAAUAUUGUAAAGCCAUUUGGUCUAUGGCUGUAGCUCAACAUCAAUUUUAUCUUGAUAAAAGAAAUUGUCGUCAAAAUCAAUCAUUACAAAUAAAUGAUCUUGUACGUGAAUUAAGUAAUUCAUCAAUAACAUUAACCAUUGACAAUGCUGCAUCAAAUGGUUCAUUGUCUCGAUCGAACAGUGCUUCAACUAAUGUUGUACAAAAUGAACAGAUUGAAGCUGAUGUCGAACAAUUAAUGGAUUUAAUGAAAACACGAAAACAACAAUUAGAAAGUUUACUGAAUGAUAAAACGAAAGAUUUUGGUUUAAUUUGCGUUCUUGAAAAUCAAGUCACUGGUGAAGCAUGUGAUGAGCAUGUUAAUAUUAAUGAUAGUGGAAUACAACAAGAACUAAAAUAUCAUGUUAUUGAUGAAUUAUUAAAUGAGCAAUUACAAGAAAUAACAAAAUUGAAUCAAUUAAAACAAGAACAUGAUAUUCAAAGCAAAAUAGUAAUUUGUGCAAAAAAACUAUUGUAUGAUCAAGCAAAAGGAAACUCAAAUUUAUUAGAUUCAGUUUUGAAACAACGUUUUGAAUUUUAUACAUGUGUGAAAGAAAAACUUGAUCGAUUAACGAAACUAAUCGAUACUGUACAAAAAGAAAUCAAUUGUCGUUAUCCCUAUGUUGAGACUAGUCCAAUUAAAUCAUCUACCGCUACGAGUGGUAGUCCACCGCCGAAUUCAUAUACUCAACGAUAUCAACAGCGCAAAAAGAGUUCUUCCCCAACACAAUUAAAUCGAACAUCAUCGUAUAAACGAGCUUUAGUACAAAAUCAACGUACUACUCCAGCAGCAGCAGUAGGCACCGAUGGCCAUCCAUCUGAAGUUGAUAAUAAAGUUGUUUUAUCACCAAAAUUAGAUAGAAGUCAAUCUUCGGAUCGUCUUGCUAGUAAUCUACCUUCUGAUUCAUCAACUAAUCGUCAACAGCAUACAGCCUAUAUACUUCAACCUCAUCCAGUGAAUUCUUCAAAUAAUACAUCACGUACUCGAAUGCGUGAUCGUAGAAAUCAACCAAAUUCACGUCAUGACCAAAAAACAAUAUCAACAAGUAGUUCAAUGCUUGAUGAACAAUCGCAACCGCAACAGCAACAAUUACCACAGCAACAACAGCAACAGCAACCACUACCACUACCACCACCGUCAUCCUCAUCCUCAUCACAGAUGCGUAGUCUUGAUAGACGACAUGUACGUACUGUACCACACAAUUCUUCAAUUAACUCAAAAAUAUCAAAACCUCAUAUGAAAUCCAGUCAUACGGAUAUAUAUGGUAGUCUUGAACGUAAUAAACAUAGUAAAGUGUCUCAGCCAGCAUUGCAUGGCACAAUAAUCGAUGAUGAAAAUGAUCAUAUAAAUAAAAGUGAUAAUCAAGCACAUGAUUUCUAUCAUUUAACGUCAACAUUACCAACACAAACAGCUACGACAUCAACUGUUAUUAAUGUUGGUAAUAUACUUCAACAGCAACAACAAUUAUCAUUCGAUCAUAUUGAUUCAAUACCACCACCAUUACCAAUGACAUCAUCAUCAACAACUCGAUCUCGCCGUCUACCACCACCAUCUGUCUUUCAACCACAUUUUGAUUCAUCAACAACCACACCUAAAGAUAGUUAUUAUACAAUAUCAGGUGCAAAAGAUGUAUCAACACAUCCACAUACACAUAUUCGUGGUCUUGUUGCCGAUAAUUUCUAUAAUGGACCAUUCCCAAAUAAACCACCACCCAUUCCACCUCAUCAACCACAACAACCAUCAAUGCAACGAUACGAUACAUCACCUUUACUUGUUCGACGCUUGGAUCAUAUGCAUCCAACUCAAACAAGAUAUCAACCUCAAACAUAUAAUCGUACACAAUCAAGCACAAUGAUGACAACAUCACAAGUACCAACAGGACGUUUAAAUACAAUAAAUCAUAAUCCACCACCACCACAACCAUCAUCAUCUUCAUCAUUACUUUUUCGUCCACAUAGUUCACAAUCAUCGAGUUCACAAUCAUCUGGACCUAAUUCUGGAAGUUUACAUGUUGCUGAAGAAUUCUCGGAUGAUGUACUUGGCUGGCUUAAUACUAAUCACGGAAAUUCUGCCACUCUUGUGUGA